UUAAGUCAACAUCACUGUCGUCUACUUUUGGGUCAAACUAGCUAUUUUUGUGUAGGAAUGCAAACACUAAACAAAAAAAAACGAAUGAAAAAACUCUAGCGUUGACGAAAAUGGAAAAUCUGUUCUUCAUCUUCUUCUCCUUCACAGCUACUUUCUUCUUCUUCUUCAUCAUCGCCAAAUUCCUGUGGAGUCAAAACCCUAAACUACCCCCAAGCCCUACGCCUCUUCCAAUCAUCGGCCAUCUUCACCUCAUCAAGAAGAAUCCUUUACCACAAGCUCUACAUCUCCUCUCUUCAAACUACGGCCCGGUUCUCUUCCUCAAAUUCGGAUGCCGUCCCGUUUUGAUCCUCUCUUCCCCAGAUUCCAUCGAAGAUUGCUUCACCAACCACGACCAAACCCUCGCCAACCGUCCCAGGACCAUCACAUCCGAUCAUUUCAGCUACGGCUACAAAAACUUCGGAUUCGCUCCUUACGGCGAUCUCUGGCGAACUCUCCGCCGUCUCUCCACCCUCGAGUUCUUCUCCUCCGCUAGUCUCCACAAGAACUCCUUCAUCCGAAACGAAGAAGUCUCGCACCUCUGUUCGAUUCUCUUCAGAUUAUCCCGCGACUCUCGGAAAGUGGAUCUCAAGUAUCAGUUCACUCUUCUCACCGCUCACGUCAUUCUCAGAUUAGUAUCUGGGAACCGUGGCGUCGAGGAAAGCGAUCCGGAAUCAGAGAAGAGGUUCUUGGAUGAUUUCAAGUCGAGGUUUUUCUCCAGCAUGUCGAUGAAUGUCUGCGAUUAUUUCCCUGUGCUAAGGUGGAUUGGGUUCAAAGGUCUUGAGAAGAGAGUGAUGGAGAUGCAGAGGAUGAGAGACGAGUAUCUUCAGCGACUCAUUGAUGAAAUUCGAGAGAAGAAAUUUCAUUCCACCGGUUCGGUAGUGGAGAAAUUCUUGCGCCUACAAGAAACAGAACCAGAGUUCUACUCAGAUGAUGUUAUCAAAGGAAUCAUAGUGCUUAUGUUCAAUGCCGGAACAGAUACUUCACCGGUGGUAAUGGAAUGGGCAAUGUCGGUUUUACUUAACCAUCCAGAUAAGCUUGAGAAGCUCAGAGAAGAGAUCAAAUCUAAUGUUAAGCACAAUGGGCUUAUACAAGACUCGGAUCUCUCGAGCUUACCGUAUCUUCGGUGUGUCAUCUAUGAGACGCUUAGGCUAUACCCUGCAGCUCCACUCUUGCUUCCUCACUACUCAUCUAAGAGAUUCAACUUAGGCGACUACGAGAUCCCUGAAAAUACUAUGUUGUUGGUGAACGCUUGGGCUGUUCAUAGGGACGGUAAGCUUUGGGAAGACGCGGAUGUUUUCAAGCCGGAGAGAUUUGAAGGGUUUGUUGGCGAUAGAGAUGGUUUUAGGUUCUUGCCAUUUGGAGUUGGGAGGAGGGCGUGUCCUGGAGCUGGAUUUGGUAUGAGGACAGUGGCGCUUGCUGUUGGAGCAUUGGUUCAGUGUUUUGAGUGGGAGAAGCUAGAAGAAGGAGAUGUAGACAUGAGGCCUGUGUUUGGUGUGGCAAUGGCUAAGGCUGAGCCGCUUGUCGCGUUGCCUAAGCCAUGGCCUGAAAUGGUUCCUAUCUUGUCUCAGCUUUAAUGUCAAUCUGUGUUUGCCAAGAGAGAUGAUUUAGAGGAUGCUUUUUAUAUGUACACAUAGAUAAUAAGGAGGACGAAUGAUCAUCAUAAAUCAGAAAUGGUUACUUGAA